AUGGUUCAAUUGGGCAAGUUCGUCAAGGGGAAAGCUCCUUCAGCUACAGAGUCAAAAAGGACAAUGAUCAGAAUUAGACAUCAAGAUAAAACUAUGGAAGAUCUUGAUAAAGAGCAAACUCAAAUGAAAAUGAGAAGAGAGUAUCUGAAGAAUGCUAUGUUUGAAGAACAGAAAAUGGCACAUUUCAAUAGGAUGAAGAUAUUGACACAUUGGAGAAAAAUCAUGAGAGUUGCUAAAACUGAGCAGUUAAAGAAGGAAAUUCAAAUUUACCAGCAAAAUCAUGAUAGAGAAGUUGACGCUAAGGAUGCUAUUUUGUAAAUGCUUGACAGAGAUCUCGAUGAAGCCGAAGAAUAAUACCAGAUGGCUCUCAGAAAUCAUCUUAUUCAUGUUGAUGAACUCAUUGAACUCUAGAAUUCUAGAUUGAGAGGUCUUUAAGAGGAAUUUGAAAGAGAUUUGCAAAUAAUCAAGGCUGAGUUUGACAGAGAGAAACAAGAAAUUGAAAACAGUCACAAUAUGGAGAGACAAGAGUUAAGAGAUAUGAUUGAGACUAUCGACGAAGAGGAGAACCACAAGCUAAAGUAAAUGAAGGAUGACUUCGAGUCACUCAGAGAGGAGACUAAAAACAAGAAUGUCGAGGAACUUGAGUCGAUGAAGCAUGAUUUGAUCAAGAAAAUUGAAGAUCUUGACAAAGAAUUUGAAGUGAACUUCAACAGAUAUGUCUCAGAUACUGAGUCUAAGGCUGACAACUACAAAAAGCUUUUAAAAGAUAAUGAAAAAUCCUCUCUGAGUAUCAAUACCUAUCAAAGGUCAAUCAACAGACUUAAAGAGUAAAUUGCUUACUGGUCAUUGAAAAUGCAACAAAACAAGCGUGAAUGUGAAGAGAGAAACUCUAAACUUAGAAAGGAAAAAGACAUGAUUGUCAGACAUUAUCAUGAUCUAAAGCGCAAGAUGAUCUAAUUCAGAGAAGAUGAAGAAAGAAGACUUGGUAACCUUACCAUUAACUCAAAAAUGUGCAUGGAUAAGUUGAAGGAAUAUUAGAAGCUAGGAGAGAAAAUUCUUAAGACUGCCGAGCUUUGCCGUAAACUUGAAACUGAAAAGGAAAAGGUCCUUCCAUUCUAUCAAACCAGUGAAGACGGUGUUGAAGAAAUUCCAGAUAUUGGAGUUGAGAAAAUCGAGGGCAUGAAAAAGCAAAAAUAUAAUGAGUUCUAGCUUCUUGAUUCCUUCUACAAAAGAUACAACAAAGUACUUUUAGAUAAGUUGGCUAUUGAUAAGCAAAAGACCACUCUUGAAAAGGAGAAUAUGUUCUUCAAGAGCUUGUUGAAGUAGUAUUUGGAUGGUGUCAGUGUAAAUGACGAUGUUAUGAAUACCAACAAUCCACUUCUGGUUGUAAAUAACAAGGUUAAUCUCAACAGACCACCUGUCGAAAGAAUGGAUGGAGGAGUGCCACAUAAGACUGUAGUAGAGGCUAAUGUAGUAGUUAAUAACAGAACAAUGCAAAGAAAUGCCAACUACUUCUGA